AUGUUCAAAACCAAAGAUAAUCUUGAUCCUAUGAGCGGUAAUAAGUUUGUUUUGAGCAACCCAAACGUCUCAGAAGAGGUGAAGGCACACGUUGUUGAUCAAGAUGUUGGCGAUGACCAGGCUCACAAGCAAAAAGUCCUGACCAAUGUUGCUACCUGGUCUAUAGCUGCUCAACAUAGCCCCGGUGGAAUCAAACCAGGCAAGACAAAUGCAUAUGAGGAAUUGAUUCGAAAGGGUGGGGAAACUCCUGAGGGAUAA